AUGGUUGGAUCUAAUUACUUACUUGAAUUUGCUGCCAAUAAUAAUGUAGAGGGAUUUAAGCGACUGAUCACUCCUAUUGCUUCUGCCAUUAAUGAAGUGGGUUUGUGGUAUGGGCGUCAAAGAAACUCGAAGCGUAUGUUAAUGGAGCACAGAACUCCAUUGAUGAUUGCUGCAACUUAUGGUAGUCUUGAUGUUGUGAAGUUGAUACUUUCUUUAUCGGAGGCCGAUGUAAAUAGUUCAUGUGGCCCUGAUAAAACAACUUCCCUUCACUGUGCUGCUUCGAGUGGUUCUGUUAAUGCUUUUGAUGUCAUCAAGAUUUUGUUAAAAUCUGGUGCUGACCCUGAAUUGGUUGAUGCUGAUGGUCGUCGUCCUGUUGAUGUUGUUUUCGUGCCUCCAAAUCUUUCGGGCAUGAAGGAUUCACUUGAAAAGUUGCUUCAAAAUGGUGCGUAUGGGAUAGAACAAGAGGAUUUCGGUUUGGCUUCAUUAAAGUCGAAUCUUGAUUGUGUAUGCAUGUCAUAUGAGAAGAAAGAGUACCCAAUUGACCCUUUUUUCCCUGAUUUAAAGAGUGAUGCUUAUUCGACUGAUGAAUUCCGGAUGUUUGCUUUCAAGAUCCGUCCUUGUUCACGAGCUUAUUCGCAUGAUUGGACCGAAUGCCCAUUUAUCCAUCCGGGAGAGAGUGCGCGAAGGCGGGACCCAAGGAAAAUUCAUUAUAGCUGUGUUCCGUGUCCGGAUUUCAAGAAAGGACAAUGCCGGCUUGGAGAUGUUUGUGAAUUUGCUCAUGGGGUUUUCGAGUGCUGGCUGCACCCUGCACAAUACAGGACUCGGCUCUGCAAAGACGAAAAUUUUUGUGCUCGAAGGGUCUGUUUCUUUGCCCACACACCUGAGGAACUCCGACCGCUAUAUGUUUCAUCAGGGUCUGCCAUGCCAUCACCACGAGGUUCUCCGGCUGCCGCCUCCACCAUGUCACCACCUCCAUUUUCUCCACCACCUACGAUGCAGCUGCACGACGGCAAUCUGCAGGCAAGCCGCCUGAGAUUGUCUUUUAACGCUAGAGACAUUCAGGCAGAGGAGGUUAAGCUGCUUCUUGAUCUUGAAAUGAAUCAGCGGCAUCAGGUGGGUGUUUUUUCGCCAUCACAGAGACCUGUGGUUCUAAAUCGAUUAUAUCCAAUGAACCCAUAUUCACCAAAUGGUUUUGACCAUAUGAGUUCUUAUGGAAAACAAUCUCAGUUGUCUUUGGUGAAGGAAACAGCAGCCAAGGGUUCAGAAAUGGAACCACCACCAGAGACCGAAAAAAAGAAGGAUAUGGGAGCAUGGUUUGCGAACAUGCAACUUGAUGAGAUGGUUGUCUGGUAUGACUCCAAUCGGGAUUCGGGACCAAGGAGGGAAAGGUAA